AUGCCUCCCAAAGCUGCUGAGAAGAAGCCCACCACUGGCGGCAAGGCCCCAGCUGGCAAGGCACCUGCCACCGAGAAGAAGGAGGCAGGCAAGAAGACCGCCGCCGCCCCAUCUGGUGACAAGAAGAAGCGAGGAAAGACCAGGAAGGAGACCUAUUCCUCGUACAUCUACAAGGUCCUCAAGCAGGUGCAUCCAGACACUGGUAUCUCCAACAGAGCGAUGUCUAUCCUGAACUCAUUCGUCAAUGAUAUCUUCGAGCGCGUAGCAACUGAGGCAUCCAAGCUCGCAGCCUACAACAAGAAGUCCACAAUCUCAUCUCGAGAGAUCCAAACAUCAGUCAGACUCAUCCUACCAGGUGAGCUGGCCAAGCACGCCGUGUCAGAAGGCACAAAAGCUGUCACCAAGUACUCGCAAAGCAAGUAA